AUGGACCGAGGACCGAGCCUUGGGGAAAGGCAGUCGAGUAAGGAUAGUGAGUCAAGUAAGGAAAGGGAGUCGAGUAAGUAUAGUGAGUCAAGUAAGGAUAGUGAGUCAAGUAAGGAUAGUGAGUCAAGUAAGUAUAGUGAGUCAAGUAAGGAUAGUGAGUCGAGUAAGGAUAGUGAGUCAAGUAAGGAUAGUGAGUCGAGUAAGGAUAGGCAGUCAAGUAAAGAUAGGGAGUCGAGUGAGGAUAGGCAGUCGAGUAAGGAUAGUGAGUCAAGUAAGUAUAGGCAGUCGAGUAAGGAUAGUGAGUCGAGUAAGGAUAGUGAGUCAAGUAAGUAUAGUGAGUCGAGUAAGUAUAGUGAGUCAAGUAAGUAUAGGCAGUCGAGUAAGGAUAGUGAGUCGAGUAAGUAUAGGCAGUCGAGUAAGGAUAGUGAGUCAAGUAAGGAUAGUGAGUCGAGUAAGGAUAGUGAGUCAAGUAAAGAUAGGGAGUCGAGUAAGGAUAGGCAGUCAAGUAAGGAUAGUGAGUCGAGUAAGUAUAGGCAGUCGAGUAAGGAUAGUGAGUCAAGUAAGGAUAGUGAGUCGAGUAAGGAUAGUAAGUCAAGUAAAGAUAGGGAGUCGAGUAAGGAUAGGCAGUCAAGUAAAGAUAGGGAGUCGAGUGAGGAUAGGCAGUCGAGUAAGGAUAGUGAGUCGAGUAAGGAUAGUGAGUCAAGUAAGUAUAGGGAGUCAAGUAAGUAUAGUGAGUCGAGUAAAAAUAGGGAGUCAAGUAAGGAUAGUGAGUCAAGAAAGGAUAGGGAGUCAAGUAAGUAUAGUGAGUCAAGAAAGGAUAGGGAGUCAAGUAAGUAUAGGGAGUCAAGUAAGGAUAGUGAGUCGAGUAAAAAUAGGGAGUCAAGUAAGGAUAGGCAGUCGAGUAAGAAUAUUGAGUCAAGUAAGUUAGUGAGUCAAGUGAGUAUAGGGAGUCGAGUGAGGAUAGUGAGUCGAGUAAAAAUAGGGAGUCAAGUAAGGAUAGGCAGUCGAGUAAAGAUGUGGAGUCAAAUAAGUAUAGGGAGUCGAGUGAGGAUAGGGAGUCGAGUAAGGAUAGUGAGUCAAGAAAGGAUAGGGAGUCGAGUAAGAAUAGUGAGUCAAGUAAGUUAG